GGCGGCGGCUGGCUGGCUCGUCUUACCUCUUUUUAAGCUGGACACCUCACCUCCGGUUUGGGUCGUCGGCUGCUAGGGUUUUUCUUCACAGGGUGAAGGCGAGGCGAAGCAAAGAGAUCCCUUCCCCUCUCUCGCGCUCGAGCCUAGUUAGCCGCCAUGAGCCGGUCGGGGCAGCCUCCGGAUCUCAAGAAGUACAUGGACAAGAAGCUUCAGAUCAAGCUGAAUGCGAACCGUGUUGUUAUUGGCACACUCCGAGGAUUUGAUCAGUUCAUGAAUCUGGUGGUGGACAACACUGUGGAGGUCAACGGAAAUGACAAGACUGAUAUUGGAAUGGUGGUUAUCAGGGGAAACAGUGUUGUCAUGAUCGAGGCGCUGGAGCCUGUUGCCAAGUCGCAAUGAAUUCUCAGGCAUUGUUCCGCUUCAGUAGAUCUAGCGCUGGCAGUGUGAAAACUGAUGUAUAUGAUCACAGUGACCCUGUUGUAAUGUUUUAGCACAGCAAUAUAACUUUGGAUGUGAAAUGUUGAUCCCUGUUUGCACGA